AUGGUUUUCAGAUAUCCCCAGUGUCCAGAUGUUCCAGGUGCCUGUCUCCCAGAAAUCCAGCUCUGCCUCACUCUGGAGGCCACAACUUGUAACGGAUCAGUGGAUGGGUCGCCAGUCUUCUACCUGGUGGGAAUCCCCUCCCUGCCAGAGACCUUCUUCCUCCCUGUGUUCUUUAUUUUCCUCCUGUUCUAUCUUCUCAUCCUUAUGGGAAAUGCCCUGAUCCUUGUGGCUGUGGUGGCAGAGCCCAGCCUUCACAAGCCCAUGUACUUCUUCCUGAUCAACCUCUCUACUCUGGACAUUCUCUUCACCACAACCACCGUCCCCAAGAUGCUGUCCCUGUUCCUGCUUGGAGACCACUUCCUCAGCUUCCCCGCCUGCUUAUUGCAAAUGUACCUCUUCCAAAGCUUUACGUGUUCAGAAGCCUUCAUCCUGGUGGUCAUGGCCUAUGACUGCUAUGUGGCUAUCUGCCGCCCCCUGCACUACCCCGUCCACAUGACCCCACAGACCAAUGCUGCACUGGCAGCCUGUGCCUGGCUUAUUGCUCUCCUCCUGCCCAUCCCCGCAGUGGUCAAGACCUCUCAGAUGGCGUAUAACAGCAUUGCUCACAUCUACCAUUGUUUCUGUGAUCACCUGGCUCUGGUCCAGGCCUCCUGCUCUGACACCACGCCCCAGACCCUCAUGGGCUUCUGCAUUGCCAUGGUGGUAUCCUUCCUGCCCCUUCUCCUGGUGCUUCUCUCCUAUGCCCACAUCCUGGCCUCGGUGCUUCACAUCAGCUCCCGAGAAGGACGCUCGAAAGCCUUCUCCACCUGCAGCUCCCACCUCCUGGUGGUUGGUACCUACUACUCAUCCAUUGCCAUCGCCUAUGUGGCCUACAGGGCCGACCUGCCCCUUGACUUCCACGUCAUGGGCAAUGUAGCAUAUGCAAUUCUCACACCAAUCCUCAACCCUCUCAUUUACACUCUGAGAAACAAAGAUGUCAAGGCAGCCAUUACUAAAAUCACGUAUCUCAAGACCCAGUCUUGGAUAAGAGCCCUUGAGCUUUAG